AGACAUGUCUUGCCAGUGCCUAUGUACCACAACGACUACAACAUAUGGUCUGUUUUGAAAAACUGCAUUGGAAAGGAAUUGAGCAAAAUAACUAUGCCGGUCGUCUUCAAUGAACCACUGAGUUUUCUCCAACGCAUGGCCGAGUACAUGGAAUACUCCCAUUUGCUGAGAUUGGCAUCCGAACAAGAAGAUCCAAUUGCCAGAAUGCAGCUCGUCAUUGGAUUUUCCGUCAGUGCACUGGCUUCGAACUGGGAACGUCUUGGAAAGCCCUUCAAUCCCCUGCUAGGAGAAACUUACGAAUUGGAAAGGAAAGAAUUCAAAAUAAUUUGUGAACAAGUCAGUCACCACCCUCCCGUAUCUGCUUUUCAUGCAGAAAGUGAAAACUGGAUAUUUCACGGAUCUAUACACCCAAAAUUGAAAUUCUGGGGAAAGAGUGUGGAAAUACAGCCAAAAGGAGUCGUGACUGUCGAGUUUCCCAAACUUAAGGAGGCCUACACUUGGACUAACGUACAAUGUUGCGUGCACAACAUUAUUGUAGGAAAGUUGUGGAUGGAACAAGUUGGAAAUAUGGAAAUAACCAGUCACUCUUCCGGACACAAGGCUCAUUUAACUUUCAAGCAGGCUGGUGGAAACAGCAAAGAUUUACAUAGAGUUGAAGGCUUUAUAACCGAUAAGUCGUGA